AUGUCCCCGUCGAUAUUUAUUGCUCUUUUGUUGGCUUCCACCGUCGUUUUUGGAGCGGCUAGUGAGUUUUUUUGUUCGAAAUUUUUUCACCAAAAAGUCAAUUUUUAUAUUUCAGUACCCUGUCAAGAUAUUGUCCGAGUUUGGGACGGUGAAAAUGAGGAUGUGACCCCGAAGAUAUUGUUAGUUCAUAAUUGAAGUCAUUCAGAGUUCAAUUUCGAGUUUAGGUACUUUGAGGGCAAGGAAAAGAAAGCUGAAAUCUAUUGUGAAGGUGAAGCGAACGGAGUAGUCGAGCUUUUUUCCAAUAUGGGAUCGCUUGGAGUGAUCGAAAAUGAAAAACAUGACGCUGUUUGCAAGUUCGGACGGUAAGUUUCACGUUUUUGAGAGACUCAUCAUCAGGUUACGGUAGUUGCAGAUGGUACUCACUUGACAAGUACGGGAAGCUUGCUGUGGUCAAACAAGUUGCCUGUGUGGUUCACAUUUGA